AUGGAGGAGAGACAGGAACGUCGCGCUCGUUUUGGAGGAUGUCACUGCGGAAGCGUUCGAUUCGAAGUGUGGACGCCCGAUCCGGUCAAGGUCGUGAUUUGCGACUGCAGUAUCUGCGAAAAAAAGCGGUUGCGACACUUCAUAGUGGAAGACAAACAUUUCCGUCUGCUUCGAGGAGCCGACAAUCUAACGCUCUACACCUUCAACACCGGUCGAGCCAAACACUACUUUUGUAAAACCUGCGGGGUCGAAAGUUUCUACCGGCCCAGAUCGAACCCCGAAGGAGUCGGAGUAGUAUAUCGCUGUCUGGAUUCGGAAACGCGACCUUCCUGCCAAAAACUAACCUUUCACGGCAUCGAGUGGGAAAAUGAAAUGAAAAACUUCGAUUCUACUAAUUUGUUAUCUUAG